AAUGCACUAAAGUUUAGAGUCUAAGCAAAAGUUCGACAAUUAUGAGUGCAAUUAAAAAUGUAAAAUGCCGGACUUGUUGUUCAAAUGUAAAAGUAAAAACGAUUUCCCUUGAAAGCAAACCAAAAGUAUUAAAAAUAGAUAAAACCUAUAUGGAUCUUAUAAAGUACAUAGCACGAAUACAGAUGAAUCCCCAGGAGGAAUAUAAAUUACCACAGAGUAUAUGCAACGUGUGUAGCAAGAAAAUACGAGACGCUUAUACAUUCAUUGAACAAAUCCAUAAAUCCUAUCAACAUUUCCUUACAAUUACGGAAGACCGCUUGGAUAGUUUGGAAGAUGUUUAUUACAUCAAACCAGAAAUCGAAAGCGGAGUGUUAGAUGUUUCAAAGGAGGAAGAGAAAGAAAUCUCUGAAAGUACACCACCAACUAUUAAUACUAAUAGCUCAACAAAUAAUUUAGAUGGGUCUAAUGUGGAUGUCAUCAAAACGGAAAUGGAAACAAAAAGGCAUUCAAAUUUAUUGCAUUCAGAAAUUGUGACAAAUCCAAUGGAAUUGGAUGAAUUAUCUGUUCACUCCGAUAAUCAAAGCACUGCAAGUGAGAGUAGCCAUAUGGACCCUUUAGAUAAUGAGGCAAAUAAGGACGAAGCACCCAUAUCCAUAGAAGAUGAAAUGCUUCCGGUGCGUUGUGAUGAAUGCAAAAGGGUUUUUGCAAACUCCCUAUUAUUAAGUCGCCAUAAAAAAGACACCCACCUGCCGGAUGAGCUUAAAAUUCAAUGUCCCAGUUGUCCGGUGAAAUUUAGUCGCCGUUAUAACAUGUAUGCCCAUAUGAGGACAUUUCAUAAAGCCGAAACCGUCACAGAACAUCAAAUACAACCAAGAAAAUUAACCAAAACCGAUGUGUGUGAUCAAUGUCAACGCUCCUAUAGUGAUAAAUACAAACUAAUGGCCCACAUCAAAAAUAAGCAUGGGCCCGGCAGUGUGCCAAAAAAACCAAAACGACCUCGCAAACAAUAUCUUUGCACACUUUGUGGCCUAACUUGUACUAAUAAAUCCAAUCUAGAAAUACACUACCGACGCAAGCACACUGGAGAAAAACCAUUCAAAUGUGACUUUUGUGAACGUUGCUUCACACGAGCUUAUGAAGUUAAACUUCAUCACCGAACGCAUACGGGCGAGGCUCCUUAUAAGUGUAGCAUCUGUGAGAAAGCCUUUAAGAGAUCAAACAAAUUGAAAAUUCACAUGCGUAUUCAUACAAAUGAAAAGCCGUAUAAAUGCACUGAAUGUCAUAAGGCAUUUAGGGAAUCCACGGAUUUAAAUGUACAUCGACGAACGCAUACAGGAGAAAGACCCUAUACAUGUAAUGUUUGCAAUUUCGCAUUUACCCAAAAGAAUUCGUUAAAAUUACAUCAAAAGAAGAAAAAACAUUUUGCAGAGGAAGGUGAAAAUAAUGAAAUAUCCCAUGGCAUUAAUAUAUUUCUGAAGAGCAAUUAGAAGCAAAAUAAACACAAAAGAUGUGUAAGUGCAUGGAGAAUUCGAACAUUUGAAAAUUAAUGUAUUGCAGAAAGAAAAUCUUUAGCAUGUUUAGAAGAAGACUGGUUCGUAUUAAUGGAUGAGAACCUAAACCCCGAGAGCAUGCAGAAUUCCAAAUUGUUAAGCAUCAACAGAAAUGCAUUGCUUUGAAAUAAACACUGGUUAAUUGAUCA